CGAGAAUAAAUAUUCUCUCUCUCUCUCUCUAGUCUCUCCCAAAUUAUCCCAGAGAGAAUAACACUUGUAUCCGCGCACUUCUGCUUGCACAUAUCGUCACACACUAACAUAUAUCUGUGUUAUAUAUAAUUUGCAACAUUUGUGAUUUGUGUGCGCUAUUCAAAAACUACUCUGCAAGAAGAAAAACCAGAAACAUGGGUGGCAAGAGAUUUGGUGUUCUUCUAUGUGCAGAGGAUUCCGAAUAUGUGAAGACAAAAUACGGAGGCUAUUUCGGUGUGUUUGUAGAAAUGCUAGCUGAGCAAGGAGAAACAUGGGACAUGUACCGUGUCGUCGCAGGAGAAUUGCCCGGCGACGAGGAGAUCGGACUUUCUGAUGGUUUUGUCAUCACAGGAAGCUGCAAUGAUGCUCAUGGGAAUGAUGCUUGGAUAUGUAACCUGCUAAAUCUCAUCAAGAAGUUGGAUUCCAUGAAAAAAAGACUUCUAGGAAUAUGUUUCGGACACCAGAUACUGGGACGUGCAUUAGGAGGACGGAUUGGGAGGGCACACUCAGGAUGGGACAUUGGAAUCACAACAAUCCAUCUCUCAUCCCCGAUGCGUGUCUCGUCUUCGUCCUCCAAGGUCUUUCCUUCGACAUUCGACAUCCCUACUGCAUUGUCUGUGAUCGAAUGCCAUCAAGAUGAGAUGUUAGAGCUUCCCCCAAAAGCAGAGGUGAUGGCAUGGUCGAAUAAGACCGGGAUAGAGAUGUUCAGACAUGGUGAUAAUAUCAUGGGAAUUCAAGGUCAUCCCGAGUACACCAAGGAUAUUCUUCUCCACCUUGUUGAUCGUCUUCUCCACCGCAAUUUAAUCUCGGAGGAGUAUGCUACUGACGUGAAAGCAAGGAUGGAAGCAUGCGAACCAGAUAGGAAGGCACUGAAACAAUUGUGCAUCAGUUUUUUCAAGGGGAGAUUGUGAUUAGUCUUUAUUUACUUAUGAAACUACUGUGAUUCCUUAAAAAUUUAUUCGAUAUUUACUUUAUUA